AUGGACUCGGCCCCGGAGGGGUACGAGCUCAACGGUGACCUGCGGCCGGACUCGCCCGGCGCCCAGGACGCCCGGCCCUCGCGCUGGGGCCGCAGCGGGCCCAUCAACGUGAACCACUACGCCAACAAGAAGAGCGCGGCCGAGAGCAUGCUGGACAUCGCCCUGCUCAUGGCCAACGCCUCGCAGCUGAAGGCCGUCAUCGACCAGGGCCCCAGCUUCGGCUUCUUCGCGCCCCUCGUGGCCCUCAUCUCCAUCUCCCUGGUGCUGCAGAUCAGCGUGGGCGUGCUGCUCAUCUUCCUGGUCAGGUACGACCUCAACAACCCAGCCAAGCACGCCAAGCUGGACUUCCUCAACAACCUGGCCACCGGCCUGGUCUUCAUCAUCGUGGUGGUCAACAUCUUCAUCACGGCCUUCGGCGUCCAGAGGCCCGCGACGGAGCUGGCGCCGCGGCAGUAG